UGUCGAGGAGGUGGAUCUAUGAAGAAUAAUAGGCCUACUGUUGUAUGGUGAAUUAAGCGCGAGUUGUGUAACUUAAGUUCAUGUGGUAUCAAAUUAAGGGGCUGUAGAUAAACUUUCAUCAGGAUGAUCAUGGUCACCACUGGGAUGACUACAUGUAUACAUGUACUCUGAUAUGCCAGGAUCAAGAACUUUGAUAUCCUCUCUAUAGACCAGGCAAAGUUUUUGAUGUUGCGGAUGGUGAUGUUUGUUUUUGGAUCCAUAUUUUUUCUUCUUCUGAUUGAUACACCAAGACACAAUGAGUCCGAAACCAGCUUUGGAGUUUAUCGAGGUGCAGCAGUAUAGCGAGACAUGUGAGGAGAACAACAACAAUCAAGUAGUUAUGACAAGAUCGCAAGAAAGGGACGAGAAAUGGUUGGCAAAGUUGGAGAAGCGUUUUAAUGCUAUAGCUGGCGAUGACAAUCAGAUUGAUUUGGAAGAAUUUAAACAAGCACUGAAUGUUAAAAAGUCUUUCUUUGCUGAGCGGUUCUUCGAGCUAAUCGACACCGAUCAGUCGGGGAGUAUCAGUCUGAAGGAACUCAUCGGUGCUCUGCGGCUUUUGGUGAAUGGAACAGAAGAAGAAAAGCUUCACUUUCUGUUCCGGGUUUACGACGCAGAUGGGAGUGGCUUCAUAGACUUUGACGAGCUCAAGACCGUGCUGAACUCUUGUACAGCUGAAAGUGCGUUGACCCUGAGUGAUGAAACUUUGACGGAACUGACUGAGAUUCUCUUUGAAGAUGCCGAUGUUGAUGGCGACGGUCAAGUGAGCUUCGAGGAGCUUUCUGAACAGCUACAGAGGUAUCCUGCCAUUACAGCUAACCUUAGUAUCAGUGCGGCUGAAUGGUUGAAUCCGCGGACGAAAUACGAGGCAGACUCGAAGAAGAAACCGAGAUCAGCGACGGCGUCAUGUUGCAGCUACCAUACACUCCGUAAUCAUUUCUCCGUCAUCGUCUUCACAGCCGUCUUCGUUCUCAUCAAUGCUGGUUUAGCAGCAUGGGGCGCGUACGAAGGUUAUCAGAGCAUCGAUCACGAGAGGAAUCGCGUUGCCUUGUGCAUUGCUAGGAGUUCAGGUCGAUGUCUUAGCUUCAAUUGCUGCUUCAUUCUUGUUCUAAUGCUCCGGAAGUUACUCACGUUAUUACGUAAUAGUAUUCUGAUGUCGGUGCUACCCCUCGACCAGCAUGUCUCCAUCCACAAGGUGGUUGGCGUCCUCAUCAUCAUCCUGACACUCAUUCACGUUCUCAGUCAUCUCACCUUUAUCGGACUUAUUUACGAGGGAGAGAAGGAUAAUGGAACGUUAUUCAUGGAUUUAAUAUCCAGUCCAGUACCUGGUGUUGGUCUAGUGGAGGGAGCCUGUAAUAUAACCGGCUUCAUACUUAUUCUAGUUCUUAUCAUCAUGACAUUAUGCUCUUUACCAUUCAUCAGGAGGAAUGGAUACUUUAAGGUAUUCUAUUGGACCCAUCAGCUAUGCAUUAUAUUCUGGGGGUUACUCAUCAUACAUUCCAAGUAUUUCUGGAUCUGGUUUGUGGCCCCUGGUGCAGUCUACAUUGUAGAACGGUUCCUGCGGCUCCAGGUGUACAGAAGAGCCAGAUUCGGGAUCAUAUACAUCCAGGAAGGAUACGUAUUACCAGCGAACGUUGUUCAUCUUGUUAUUCAGCGUCCACCAAACUUCAAGUUCCACGCCGGAGAAUACAUCUAUGUUAAUAUUCCAACGAUAGCAUCACACGAGUGGCAUCCAUUCACCAUCAGCAGCGCACCAGAACAACAAGAAUUCCUAUCUCUUCAUAUACGAUCUCUUGGGCACUGGACAAAGAGACUCUAUGAAGUCUUCAAAGAACGCGAGCUGGACCAGCUAAAGGAAUUACCCGAGAACAUAGACAUUGACAAUGAGGACGCCUCUUGUUUAAGCUACCGGAAAACAGACCAGCCUUUGGACGUUGUAACCGAGGUAUCUUCUACAAAGACCACGCCCACUGCGUCGCCAUCCCACCAGAGGGAUACUCCAUUAGAUUCCCCGUCGAAGACCACCAGACAAUGUUCACCUCAGAAAGGAAGCGGUCGAAAGCGGAACAUCAGUGGCGAAACGAACUCAGGAUUUCAACCUGAAACGCCGACUGAUUCUGAAGAUACGACGACGUCGACCAUUGUGAAUGGGACUGCGUGUAAUAGCAAUAAUAACGACGAUCUGCCGUUGACGGAGGUUCGUCGACGAGUGAACUCAAUGCAAGGGAAGCUACCGGGUAUAGUUAAUACUAUCGACUUUUCAUGUCAGACUGAAGAGACAGUAGAAGGUGGGUUAUCGCCGGCUCAUUUCACUGCAAUAGAUGAAAGAUCCCCCAGCUCAAGAUUCAUAAAAGGAAAGGGUUUUAAGCUAAAGCCGCUGAACUCACCAGAGAGCAAAGGUAUCCAGGAUGGCCAAACUAUCGGACCUCCUGUAAAGGCUGCAAAUGGCCAUGGGACGGUCUUGGAUACCACCUUAUCAGACCCACCUCAAGGAGACAAUGACCAUACUCCACCGGUGAUCAUCCAAAGAACGGAAUCUAAUCUUAGUAGACGAUUAUUUAAUAAGAAAUUUACUGAAGGUAGGAAGUCAGGACGUCCGUUGACCAAGAACAGUCGGAAGAAGCUCAGAAGGAAUCAUACCUUACAUUCUCUCGAUGUUGCUCGGACUUUAGGGGAUGCACCACAUACAGGAAUGGAGGUUAUUUUAGAUGGGCCAUACGGAGCACCUGCCCAGCAUAUCAUGGAGGCUGAACAUGCCGUCCUCAUCGGGGCAGGGAUAGGAAUCACACCGUUCGCUUCCAUCCUGCAGAGCAUACACGAGAGAUACAAGGCCGCGAAGAAGCACUGUCCAAACUGUCAUCACGCAUGGGUGGCCGAUGCAUCAUCUAUUCUUAAGACAAGGAAGGUGGACUUUUUCUGGAUCAAUCGUCAGCAGCGAUCCUUCGAGUGGUUCAUCAGCCUUCUGUAUGCCAUUGAGCUGGAACAAGCUGAUAUACCAGCAGAAGGCCGUUUUCUUGACAUCCAUCUUUACAUGACGUCAGCUCUCUCUCCCAGUGAUAUGAAGGCCAUUGGACUCCAUGUCGCUCUCGAUCUGAUCCAUAAGAAGAACAAGCGAGAUACCAUCACGGGAUUGAUGACGAGAACCCAACCAGGACGUCCCGACUGGGAGGAGGUGUUCCAGAAGCUGAAGAAGGAGCAGAAAGGUCGAAUCACCGUAUUUUUUUGUGGCUCUCCUGCUCUCGGCAAAAUCAUCAGAACAAAAUGUUUGAAAUAUCAGAUGGACUUCAGGAAGGAAAACUUCUAAAUCUUGGACCAACGAACGUAGGCGUCAAAACUUUGCAUCAGUGUUUGCUGCCCUCUAUGUCUUACACAAACUCAUCAUUUAUAGAUCAGGGCACCGUUCAAUGAUAACAAGAAGAUGCCAUUUUCGGACUUACCGCGCAGAAACCAGUACUUCUCAGCCGAAUCAAGGUCUUCAGCGGAAACGCAUUUUACUCUCUCAGUACUGACAACUUUCAAGGAGCGGAAGGACAGUUUCACCAUGGACCUAUUCCGUAAUAGGUCCAUGGUUUCACGUUACUUUAAAUCCCAAUUGUCAUAUUGCUUAAGAUAUCUGGUGGGUGUUUCAUAAAGCUAUUCCAAAGUUCCGAGCGACUUUACGGACGACUGGUGACAUUUUUUUGUGGUAAAUUGUCCAGGUUUCCAUGGACUGAGAAAGGAUCAUCAGUCGUGCGUACAUGAAGUCGCUAUAACUCACGAACAGGUUUAUAUAAAAAAACGUACCACCUAGUUUAUGACAACAAUGGUUCAUUGCAAGAGAAGGUGCAAGUACCACAGGCAACAUAGUAAACGCACCUUGAUUUUAGUCAAAUCAUACUUUCGCUCAAUUUGUUUUGGUGAAUGCGUAACAUUCAGUCGGUUUAUGGUGCUAGCCUGAUUUCGAAGCCUCUUACAAGAAACAGCACCCAUGCAUGAUGCAAAAGAAUUCCUAAGAACAUAUAUUUAACAAUAUUUUGGCACAGACUAUCAAAUCUGUCCUCUGUAGAUCUCGCCUCCCCCCUCACCCCACUUACAGUAAAGAACAUAUCGUGCCUCAGUGGUGUCAACAGUGCUGAACACAAUGUGAAACCAGUUGCCUUCAAACUGUUUAAUUUGAGCAUUUCAACAAUGUGAAUCACAAUAGUCGACCAUGUGAACACGCUUUGAAUAAUCAAAACUGUCGAGGUGUCCACAGUGUGAAAAUCUCUCCACACUGUUGAAUUUUAGCAUUUUAACAGUGGGAAUAAUAUUAUCCCAUAUACAUGUACCACUAUAAGUGAACACACUGUGAUCCCAUUUUAUGACACUGUUCUUUUCAGCACUGGGCUCCCAGCACUUCGGGUAUAUAUAUAUUUUUUUUUUCAUAAACUCCCCUUUUCCAUUUCUAACUUCUGAUAUAUUGACUUUGGGUCGCUACAAAGAAUGUCCAGAAUUUUAUAAUAGGGAAUGAAGUAUAGAAACCUUAUGCAAAUGAACUUCAAACUUAAUGGCAAACAUUAAUUCAUAUCACCCAAUAUCGAUUUGUAAAGUAGGUAAAGACGGCAACCUUAGAAAUGUUGUCACCCUUAGUCAAGAUAAAGAUAAUAUCUUUGAUACAAUGAAAGAUGAUUUUUACACUGUUCUACAGUAUUUUUUUGUCGCCAUUGUCUAACACAGAAUGAAAUGCUGCUAACCCGAAGAAAAAACAACAAUGACUUUUAUGUAUAAAACAACUUUAAAUCUUGAAGAAACAACAUAAAAAUAAUGAAGAAAACGCGUUAAACGGAUACACGCUUUCUUGUAAACGCGGAUGGAAAUAUAAGUUCGAAUUAUCCAUCAGUAUGACAGAUGACUAUUUCAAAGAUAAGCAUAUUGACUAUUUGGGGAAAACAUUAUAUUAAAAAAUUGUUUUGCCAUGAAAGCCCACAUAAAAAUUGCCCUUUACUCACCGUUUUUUUUUUCUGUUUUAUGCACGUGUUUUCAAAUGAGUGUCUAUGAUUCUGUCAUUACUUAAUUGGUGCAAUCUAUUUUUUGUUGUUAUUUAUAUAGAAAUCUAUUGUCAAUUCAUCGAUCUGGCUAUUUUGUGCUAAUCUUGGUUUUGAUGGAAAUGGAUAUCAUGAUUAUGUAAAUAGUUUUCUUUUCAGCUGAUAUUGUCUGUCACGAUAAUUAUUGUCUCUAACAGUAACACACAGACGUAUCAGGUCAAAGGUGAAGCUCUGGCGAAUACCCGAUACUUACAUCGUAUCGAUGCGAAGUCGUCAGUCCAUAGUGGGUCCAUUGUGUUCAUUAUAUUCAGGCGUGUAAUAUUUUACAUCAUUCAUUUUCACAUGAGACAAUACGAUUGCAUCAUCUUUAUCUGAAUGUGAAUUCGUAAGCAUUUACUCUCUGAACCUUAUAAAAGUAAAAAAGAAACAUUGUGUUACUAUGUACUCAUAAACACUUUUUGUUUACAUAUUGAGAAAAUGUUUGCAACCUUUUUGGUAUCAACAUUUAUACAUGUAUCUGUACACCUGAAUCAUAAACAACCAUAGAACCAGCGUCGUAAGCGUGGGGAUCACAACAUAUCAAUUUAUCUUUUUUUUUGUGUGUGUAAAUGAAGAUAUAUUAAAAACGGGAAAACAAUCAAUACGAUGACCCGUAAACAUUGAGACGGUAAUGUUUCGUGAAUUGCAACCACAUGAUAUUUCACUGUCAUCAUUGUACAUUAUCAGUGUUCAAGAUAUACUUAUCACCAGAAAAUUACUUUUUAAAGUAUGCAAUAUAUCAUUGUCUAUUUCUGUUAUACCAUUACUGUUUUCAAGAGGGAGUGGGGGGGGCUGAAGCGUUUUGCCCCCGGCCCCCUCCCCCGCCUCCCCCGGAUCAACGACACCUGUUAAUUACAUUAGUUUUAUUUUACUCAGAAGUCUGCUCUUGUUUGUGCAUAAACAUGGAUGAUAUUGUCACAAUAUACUAUUCAGUAUUUUUAAGCAUUAAACUAUUAUACUGAAGCUUUUAUGUAAUUUUGUAAACAUUCAGACAUGAAAUCUGAAUAAUACUGCCGUCAUCGUUACCCUUACUGAGUUUUCAAGAGUAAUACAUAACCAUGGAACUAACAGAUAAAAAUUAAGGGAUUUAAAAUCUAUGUCCGAUGAUGAUUUAUCUCGAAUAGCAAGUCUGCGCGUACAAUUCCUGUUCGACUCAAUAUUAAUUUGAUAUUUCAGCACGAUUGUACGUCUAAAUAAGUUUUCGUUUCAUUCAGAAAUAAAGGCAUACCCACUAUCAUAAUGAUUAUUCGACCAAUAAUAAGUAUUGCAUUCAGCUUCAUCAUGUUCGUGAUUACUACAAAGAUUAUAUAUAACGGUUUCAUAGGUCUGUCAAAUAUUGCAUUAUGAAACGGCGUGGUGUUCAGCUCACAGUGCUCAAGUGUUAGAGCAAACUAAAGGAAAUGAGUGAGAGAAAAUGAAAGCAUUAUGAAUAUUUACCUUGUCAUUAAUGAUUCUGCAUGGAUCAAAUCUUGUUGAAUACAUUGAAUUAUUCCGAAUGGAU